CUGAGACGUUACCGUCGUGCAGUGCGCAGCUAAGUCGUCGCGCGUGCGCAAGCGCUCAACGCGGAGGCCUGCCGGAAGUCAAGAUGGCGCGUAUGUGGUCUCCAGGCCGCAGUUGGCGCUUUAUCAGUAUCUAAACCGUGUGUUUUCUAAGGGGUGGCAAACGCCCUCUCCGCCGCCAUGGCCCGGCAUCGGAAUGUCCGAGGCUAUAACUACGAUGAAGAUUUUGAAGAUGAUGAUCUCUAUGGCCAGUCUGUAGAGGAUGAUUAUUGUAUUUCGCCAUCAACAGCUGCUCAAUUUAUUUACUCGCGGCGUGACAGACCUUCCCUUGGUGAGCCUGUAGAAGAAUACGAUUACGACGAUCUGAAAGAGUCUUCCAAUUCUCUUUUGAACCAUCAGCUGAGUGGAAUUGAUCAAGCUCGUCUUUAUUCAUGCCUUGAUCACAUGAGAGAGGUACUUGGAGACACUGUGCCAGAUGACACUUUGAUUGAAGCCGUUCUGAAGAACAAGUUUGAUGUGCAGAAGGCUUUGGCAAUGGUUCUGGAACAAGAUAAAAUGCAGAAUUGGAAGGUCAAGAGUGAGGGAGCAAUAUCUACAGGGAAGAUAGCAAAAGGAGUCUUAUUAUCUUCCUCUGAAGUUUCAGCUGAUAAUAUUCAAAGCUCUUGUCCUCAAUCUGCAAACCACUUGGAUUAUAGUAGCAAACCCUUUGAUUUUUCUGGCCCAGUAGGAAAAUCUGGAUUAUAUCCUAAUUCCUCAGUUAUACCAAGUCACUAUUUACUCCACAAAAAAAAGAAACUUGACAGACCUAAAAGUGAAAAGAAACUAGAAUCAUGUAAGUUAACAAAAGAGCUGUCACUAGCUGACCUAAUUGAUGAUAUGCCAAGAGAUUCUUGUAAAAGUCAACCAUCAGUCAGAUUAUCAAAUACAGGUAGUCUGGAAGGUCUGUUUUCAAUGAAUCUAGGUGCUGAUAUGUUAAGACCUCAUGAAUCUGAAUGUGUUUUCAAAGAUGAUUCUUCAUUCAAAGAAAUACCAGAUUUAAAAUCCUUAAUGACAAAGGACAUAACACCUAAUAACUCUUUAUGUACUCAGAAUAGUUCACUACCUGAUUUGCAAAGCAUUCUAGUACAAAACAGCAUAGGAAGUUUAAGUAAUCCUUCGCUCUUAACUAGCACAUUGGAAGAUACAGCUCAUGAUAAUGUAAACGCUGCUAAAAUGACUGAAGUUGGAAGUGUUUCUUCAGUUGAACAAAGUACCAAGAAUUCCAUUUUAAAAAAUGACAGUUUGCAGUUUUCCCAGUGUGAAAGUCCAUCCCUAGCUGAACUCUUUCAGGAACACAAAGAAAACAAUCCAAGCCAGUGCUUUCCUUUAUCUGAUCUUUGUAACCAGUCAUCUGCCAGUUUCACAGAUCCAAGUUUGGGAUCCUUUCCCCUGUCACAGCUAGCAAAUCGGUAUCCAUCUUCGACUGGAAUAUCAGAAUUAACAGGAUCCCUGUCAUCUUUGGCAUUUUGUAAAGCUUCUCCUACAAGAGAUCUUGAGAAUUUGUCACUUUCUGAUUUGAUUGCAGAAACAAUUGAUAUAGACAACACUCAAAUUAGGAAGGAGUCUUCUAAGCUCAGUUUAUCUGAAAUAAGGUCACCUGGAAUAGAUUCAAAUAUUGAUCUUAGUGUCCUUAUAAAAACCCCUCAUCUUGUUCCAAAACAUGCAGUAGACCAAUCAGUUGCUCCAACAUCAGAAACAAAAGUUUUAAGUUCAAAGUUAGGGAAAAGUUUCAAUUCUGCUAAGGCUAAUAAGAAAACCAAUAAAGGCUCUUUGACUAGGAAACCACCUUUUUCUCUCUCUUGGACCAAGGCCCUUGCUGCUAGACCUUCAGCUUUUGCUUCAACACUGUGUCUUCGUUACCCACUGAAAAGCUGCAAGCGACGCACUCUUGACCUAUAUAAGACUUUUCUUUAUAGUAGACAAGUUCAAGACGUGAAGGACAAAGAAAUAAGUCCUCUUAUAGCAAUAACACCAUUUGACUUCAAAUCUGCAUCUCCUGAUGACAUUGUAAAAGCUAAUCAAAAGAAAGCUUUCACUAGAGAAUAGUAACAAAAGGAAAACUUGCUAACUGUUGAAGAGCUUCUGUUUUAAUUUAGUCUUUAUAGAAUUACUUGAUAUUAUGGGAUUCAAGUUGUGAUUUUUACAUUAAAAUCGUCUUAAGUCAGUUGAUAGUUUUAGUUGAUAUGUGUUUUUGCACUGAAAAAAUUUUUUUAAACUAUAUCUUCUUUUAAGUGAUAACUGGCUUUAUUUAAGUUGAUAGCCUAAAGUGGGUGUGUUUACAAAGCGUAUAUGGAAACUUGAUAUUGUGAAAUCAAACCUCUCAGAUAUUUUUGUUUGAGCAUUCAACUUUAUAAGUUUUUACAAGACAUUUUCUUUUAUAAAGUAUUUUUGUGCUUCGUUCUUAAACGAAAAUGCCACUUGGGAUUAUUAGAGUUUAGUGAUGAAGAUUUUUCUUAUGAUACGUGGCAUAGCAUAGGUGAGACGUAAUUAUAUUUUAAAAUAUUAGUGAUAUCAUUCCCAUUCAUUAUUUUUCUGUAGGUGAAUACUUAAAAUUUUUCUAUUAGAAAAUUUUAAAAUUCCUGACUCUUCAAAAUACUGUGGAGGUUGUUGAAAUACAUUUUUGAUGGUAAUGAAAUGAAAAACCUUUAAAGGACCAUGUACGUACUGAAGUUGGAUUAAUACUAAAUUAUUUUUAUACAUUUUCAAAACCAUUUGUCCUAAAUGCACACUGCAAUAAGUAUGUAGGAAGUGUUUUCAAGUAUGGCUGCAUGUUGUUUGAGUAGAUAGUUUUAUCAGAUCUCUUACUUUUUUUUUUUUUUACUGUGAGUAAUGAAAUGUGGAAUUUUCCUUUUUGAUACUGCAGUGACAAAGUUACAGCAAUGGUAGACCAGUAAGAGCUCUUCUAGUUGCUAGAACAAGUAUGUAAUUCAUCCCUUAAAGCAGUGAUCCUUAGCGAACAAUCAGAAUCACUGGGGAAAUUUUUUCAAAACACAGAUACUGUAGCUUCACUCUAGACAUGGUGGUCAGUCUCUGAGGGUUGGCAUUUGGGAAUGUGUAUUUUCAAAAUAGUCCCUAGGUGAUUUUGAUAUGUUACUUUUACUUAAGAACCACUGUCUUAGGGGAAGAAAUCAGUAGCAUGAGAGGCAUUACUAAUGCUAAGACCAAUGUGAAUUUAUACUUAUAGUUUCUAGGAAUCAGGAAUACUAAGGAAAUUUCGAAUUAGGAAUUACAGUCUUUUACGUAAGAGGGUGCUGAUGGUGUAUUAUUAAUAUUUCUUGCAGGAAAAAAAUAGUAUCUAGAAUGUUAUUUCUUAAUGAAAAUGAAAUAGCUGGCCUUUUCCCAGUAAAGAAAUAUUUUUCUCUGGCAGCUACUUCACUAUGCUUUUGAUAAUUUUUUUGUUUUUUUUUGUAUUUCUUGUUUCAGUUUAUUUUCAGAAUGACAUUCCAAUAUUUUUAACUGUGUAUGAUGUUUUUAUAUCCAGUGUUUUGGUGGGAAAACUUAAGCCAGAAUUAUGUCUUCAUUGUUCUUGACCACUUUUUUUCAUGAUGUCUUCAGUUUUGUUUUUAACUGUAUAUUUCAGUGCACAUCAUACUGAUGCUUAGGAGAUCAUAUAAAUCACGUUUUGUUUAUGGUCGAUUUUAAAGUUUGAAUGAACUCAACUGCUGAUUUUAUUUUCCUAGCCUUAAACCUUGAUGAAACAUUUUAGUAAUUUUGCAAAAUUAGUAUAUGACUCAUCAACUAGAUUUAUGUAUAGGCAAUCUGCCACUUAGAAUUAAUUGUAUUCUAUGAGUCUGUUUGGAACUGACAAUAAUUCCAGAUAGAUUAAGUGUUAUGCAAGUGGUCCACUUUGCACAUGAACCCACAAAUACUUAACCCAUAGUGAAAUUGAACAGUGGUACUAUUAUUUUACCUUCUUUUAUAACAGAUUUUUAAGCGGAAAUAUAAUACUUUUAAGCCAUAUAGUAGAUUUUGUAGAGUGAACUAGGUCUCCUUUUGUUGACUGAUUAGGAUUGUAAGAUUAUUUAGGGGAAAAACUUUGUUGCAGAAUGAUAGGUCUCCCUGUUGCCCUUGUCAUGCCUACUCGUCCAUGAGGCACAUACAUGAUAUGGCCUUAUUGACUAAGGAUGUGUCACAGUUUCUGAGAUUCAGAGAGUGGAACCGAGAAGGUCCCUUGUCCCUUCUUCCUUUGGCCUUUGGCCAUUGAUAAAGAGACCAGUGCCUCUUUAUGGAUAUAUUCCCAGUGAUGAUGAUUGCUUGCACUAAGUGCAUAUUCUGCACCAACUGCUGGUUUUUGACUGACUGCUGUCUUGGUAGCUCAGGUAUGCUAAGAGUUUUAGAUUAUUUUCUAAUUCCAUUAUCAGUUUUGUGAUGCAAAGCCAUUUUUGAUUAUGAUCAAGAGCAUUUUUCUUUAGGAAUGUAAAUGAUACUGUAAUUAUAUUCUAAGUGACAUAAAAUACAAAAGAUAUUUAAAAUUA